AUGAACGAUUCAAUGGCAGUGGCCCCCAUGGGAGAGAUGAUGUCACCACCCCCCGAAGGUGGCAGCUAUCCAACACUAGAAGCUGUGCAGAAGGCAGUUUUGCGUUACUGCACCUCGGUGGGCUAUGCCAUCGUCAUUGGCCGAUCCAAGAAAACUGUCCCUGGUCUGAAAAAGGUCUUGUUCGUCUGUGACCGAGCUGGCAAGCCACCGAGCCGAGUUAGCCCCGAAUUCAGGAAACGAAAGACAUCUUCCCGGAAAUGCGACUGUCCCUUUGGCUUCUUUGCCAUUGAGCAACGGACCCAAUGGACCAUUCGUUACCGACCCGACCCCUCGCAUUUGCAACACAACCAUGGACCGAGCGAGAGCCCCUCAAAUCACCCUGCAGCCAGAAAGCUUGACAGCAAGAUGGUUGCUGCUGUGAAGCAGCUUAAGGACAAUGGUGCAGGCGUAUCUGAAACGCUGCAGAUUCUCCAAACGGAUAAUCCUGACUGUCACUUGCUGCCGAGAGACAUUUACAAUGCUCGGGCAGCCAUCAACCGCAACCCGCAGAAAGUGGCCACGGGCCUGGCGGAGAAUAGGCCGGCCAUAUACACCAAGCCGCAGCCGUCGCCCGAAGAUAGGAUACGAUCAGACCUGCGACGGGAGCUGGCCAAGGCGCGCGAGGACCUGAAGAAGGUGGAAGACGAGAAGCAAAAGGAGAUUGACGAUCUCAAGGCCAAGCUGGUGGAGAAGGACAAGAUUAUUGAAAAGUUUGAAAUGUUCAUUGACAUUUGCAACCAGAGAGUCAUGGUUCAAAGAGAAAGGCUGGCUGGGGGUCAUGAAGGCGGCGCGGCAGGCAGCUCGACUGGUUAA